GGAUAUAGAAGAGUUGAUCACUGUUUGCCCAUCCGCCUUACCUUCUCGUUUUGGGUCUCGUCUAAUUUUCAAUGUGAUUAAAUGGCUACCGGACGGCGCCGCCAGGCUCCAUGCUUUCUCGGAAUACUCCUCGUCGCUUUUGUCGGUAUGAUAUCUGGAGGUGAGCUGUCAUUCACCCUGGAGCCCAGUGACAUCAUCGCAGUUCAGGAACAACCUCUGAUGCUGCACUGUCAGGUGGAGGGGAUUCCACCAAUCACCACACAGUGGAGGCGCAAUGGACAGCUUAUUUUGGAGGACCAAAACUACGUCAUGUUCACUAAUGGCUCGCUUCUGAUUGCUCACUUCCAGAAGACCAAGUCUGAUGGCUCAUCUGAUGAGGGAGACUAUGAGUGCAUGGCCCAGAACUUCUUUGGGCUUGUCUUGAGCCGCAAAGCCAGAGUGCAGGCUGCUACGAUGGCAGAUUUUCAUGUGCAGCCACGUUCAGUGUGUGCAGAGUUGGGAGGUGUUGGCCGAUUUCAAUGCCAAAUUCAUGGCCUGCCUGAGCCAGUCAUCAGCUGGGAAAAAGAUGGGCGACCCGUGGAUACCUCUGAUGACAGGUAUACUCUUUUGCCCACGGGCGUAUUGCAGAUAACAGGUGUACGCCCUGAGGACAGUGGGGUGUACUGCUGUGUUGCUCACAACAGUGCUGGAGUCAAACACAGUACAGGAGCAGAGCUCACAGUCUCAGGCUCCCAGUCAUCUGUUUACAAAGAACCCAUGAUCCUAGUGGGCCCUGAAAACCUCACCCUCACUGUUCACCAGACCGCUAUCUUGGAGUGCGUCGCCACGGGCUACCCACAGCCAAUCGUUUCAUGGAGUAGACUGGAUGGCCGUCCAAUCGGAGUUGAGGGUAUCCAGGUACUAGGAACAGGAAACCUGAUGAUUUCUGAUGUCAGAGUUCAGCAUUCUGGCAUUUACGUCUGUGCGGCCAAUAAACCAGGAACCCGUGUACGCCGAACUGCUCAGGGACACCUCGUUGUGCAAGCCCCAGCAGAGUUUGUGCAGCCCCCUCAGUCCAUUGCUCGCCCGGUGGGCACCACUGCCAUCUUCAACUGUCUGGCUCAGGGUGAGCCUGUCCCCAAGGUCACCUGGCUGAAAAAUGGACAGAUCCUAGAGCUCGACAGCCACGUCAAACUCAGGAACAACAACAGUACUCUGACCAUCUCUGGUGUAACCCAAGAGGAUGAGGCCAUAUAUCAGUGUAUUGCAGAGAACAGCGCGGGAUCCACACAGGCUAGUGCUCGCCUGACUGUGCUUUGGGCGGACGGGUUGCCUGGCAUGCCCACAGGCGUACGUGCAGAUGCCCUUUCUCCAACCUCCAUUCAGGUCUCCUGGAACGAGCCCACCCAAAACACUCAGGACAUCAUUGGAUAUGUGCUACAUAUCCGCAAGACUGCUGACCCAGUGGAGAUGGAGUAUCAGGAGGCUGUGAGUAAAAUGACCCUGCAGCAGGUAAUCGGAGAUCUGGAACCUUCCACCAGCUACAGCUUCUAUGUGAAGGCUUACACGUCCCGUGGUGCCAGCAAAGCCUCUGAGACGACUGUGGAGAGCACUCUGGGAGAAGUUCCUGCACCGCCAGCCUUGUUCACUAAGGUGAUUAAUUCUACAGUGGUCCAGGCCUCGUGGGAGCCAUCCACAAAGAUGGGCCAGCAGGAAGGAUUCAGUCUCUACUACCGUAAAGUCUCAGUCCCCAUCUUCACCGGACCUCUCACCUUCCCACGUAACGUGACCCAGUACAACAUCACUCAGCUGGACCUAUCUUUUGUUUAUGAAAUUAAGAUUCUUGCUUUCAACCAGCAUGGAGAGGGCAAUGCCACCCUGCGUUUUGUGUCGCUGAAGGAGGCAGUGGAGAAAUCAGUGCUGAAUACUCAUUGUGACUGUGUAAAAGACGAACAGAAUAAGAGCUCCACCACAGGUAUCAUCAUCGGCAUCCACAUCGGCGUGACCUGCAUCAUUUUCUGUGUUCUCUUCCUCAUGUUCAGCUACAGAGGCAGGUUGAUGAUGUGUAAGACCAUGCAGGCCACCCGACAAGCGGGCCGUAAUCCUGCAGCAGGAGCCGUGCUCGAGUCCUCCUCUUCACCUGGAGCUCUGGCCCUGAACAGCCCCCACAGGUUCAGCACUGAGGGGAAUGGAGGACCCCAAAGUGCAAAGAACUGCACCAACUCCAGUGAGAUGGAGAGACUCUUCUCAGGACCAUCCCACUUCUCCUAUCCACCUGACACCACCCACACGGUUAAGAGCUCUCUGGUCUCCUGUUCAUUCAAUGAAACCCAGAUGUCCGCACUUCCCCUAGACGACUUCAGCAUCGUGGAAUGUGAGGUGCAGUAUCCAGCAGAUGGUCAACAGGAUGAAGGCUGAUGAAGAAAAGAAUGUCAAGUAUUCCCCCAUCCUCCACUCAGACUCCUGUCCAACUCAGGUCAACUGAAGUACUCACCUUUUCAGUUCUGUUGUUAUUGUGGAAAUAUAUUAUUUGUAAGUCAAGUUCCCUAUGUGGGAAUCACUGGACUAAAGUGCUGGGGGUCCCUCUGGCCUCAUAAUGGGUGAGGUUCUGUGAUGGACUGCUUAUAUUUCUCAUUGGAAGGUGAACACAAUUAUAUGUUUCAGUAGUUUCAUCUGGGAGCAUACAGAUGUGAAAGUCUCCAGUGUCUGUAGUAUCUGUAAGUGAUUUUAAUUUGCUUCUGCGCAACAGAGAAGUAUUUUCCCUGUUACCACAUUCUAGUUUUAUUUGUUUAACACAUUCAUUGACCUGCUGCCUGCUCUUACCCUACCAAUGGUUUCACACGCCCAUCCAGCGGAGACCAAGGCCUUCAACCAGGGAUUUCUAAGUAUUCUCAGGAUUUUGUUUUUCAGUGAUAUCAAUGUUUUUUUUUUUUUUUUUUUUUUUUUUAAAUAGGUUUCAGCCUUCAUGAAGACUUUAGACUUGGCUAUAUGAACCUUGGGAUUUGCAACAAAAAACCUACCUCAGCUGGAAUGAAUGUCUUGUAAGAAGUCUUUGAGAUCGGCAUCUUGCUGUCUGUUCUGUUUCUAUAUACAUCAAGCGUUCAGUCAAAAGAGAAAAAGGUGCUACUCUACCUCAGAUUUCAAGGACUGCCACUCUCCUGCUCGUUAAGCAAAACGAGAAAAAACAAAAUCCAACAUAUAGCACUUCCAAAUGUUGAAGUCAAUGUUCUACCUCAAAAUAACAAUGUUAUUAUUGUCGUUGUGGUUCCUUUCUCAUAUAGAAACGUAGCUUCUGUUGAUGUUGAUGAAUUGCUGUGUUUUGAUAUGUCAGUACCUCAUGCCAACUGACAGAUGACGUUGUACGAAUUCUGUUUGUAAAGACGUUUUAAUUGUGUCCUAGUAUUUGCGUAGGGUUUGUUUGUUUUGUUUCUUUGUUCGUUUCCUGAUCAGAGUAUUUUCAUUUUAAUCGUAGUCAACUAAAUUCAAUCGAAAGACAUUUUAAGACAAACUGCACUGUUACUAAUGACUUCAGGAUAAAAUGUCUUCUUGCUACAGUUGGAAAAAGAGAGGCCACUAUACACCAAUGCUGUACAAAUGAUGUCUAUGUUUAGGUAUUUUAAUGGUUUGACUUCAUGCGUUUGCAUGAUGUGCGACACAGACGAACAGGGCUCUUGAAUGGAGUAUACAUGAAUAUAAAACAGAUUAAAGCACAUAUAAUGUUUCUAUGGGUGCUGAUAUUAGCAAAUGUUGGUAUUUAUGGAAAAAAAACUCUCUGUUUAUGUUACACAGUUAAUGUUGAUACACAUAUCACAUGAUAUGGUAUUUCAUCAAGAAUUGAAAUGGAGUAGUCCUGGUUUGUAACUACAGGACUUGGGAUCAGCUACCAAGCUCUUUUGCUUACAGCGCCCUUACAAACGGAAUACUGAGUCUGUUCAGAUGUGGCGCACCCCCACAGAGCUACAGGAUACACUGCUACACGAAACAGCGAACCUUAGAGGCAUCACUAUGGAAGAACUGGGCAUUCUAGGAUUAUCCAGGAAGAGAACAUUCCAUUAGGAGCCGAAGCUAGAAACUGAAGAUUCUCAUGGCUUCUGUGUGAAGUUCCAUCAUCUGUUUUGUUUAAUAUCAUAGGCCCCUCCUCCAUGUAUUUUAUUGCCACACUGAUCAGGGAGCACAAAGUGCAUCAGAUGUAUGCACAUAACUCGAUCACACAUGACUUUUGUUAACAUUAGCAUCACAGAGUACAAGUAGAGGAUGAUGAUCCCUGAGCUGCCCCAGUCAUCUCUUCAGAGUCUGCUUUUUAAUGACUUCUCAAUUGCUUUUCACUGUGUGCUCAAGCAUCCAAUUCAAGACCAGCAAGAUUUCUCCUCUGGUGUCCCAUAGUGCCAUGGUGCAUAUAUAUUUUUAGUACCCUACCUCAACACAGCAGUCAUGCUCUCAGGUCACUCCUACUCUUAUGGGGAGAUUGUAUUUUUUGUAUAGUACACACACAUACCCACACAUACAUGCACACAUCAGAGGAGAACAUCUCCUUGGUACUCUUUAGUGGAGAAAUAAGCAACACAAAUCCAUUAGCUUUUCAUACUCUUUACUUUUGUAAAUGUGAAUGUUUUCAUGUGUUUGUUACAAUUAUUGUGGCUGGUUAAUGUCUGUAUUCAUUUGAAGCACUCAUUGCCAGACUUUACCAUCAGUUGGCUACCACCAUUUUUGCUCUAAAAGGGGAUAGUUUACACAAACAUUUAAAUUUUUCAUCGUUUAGUCACCAUCAUGUUGUUCUAAACCCCAAAAGGAGAUUUUAGGCAGAAUGUUAACUUUGGUCACCAUUAACUUUUGAUUGCAUCUUUUUUUCAUUCAGUGAAAGUGAAUGGUGACUGAGGCUUAUAUUCUGCUUAACAUCUCCUUUUGUGUUCGAUGGGAGAAACAAAGUAAAACAGGUUUAAAACAAUAUGAGGGUGAGUAAUUGAUGACAGAAUUUUCAUUUUGUAACCUAUCCUUUUAAGGAUAAAGUAUAUGAUCACCAUCCGUGUUUGUAGAUAAUGAGCCAAAUUUGCAAAUUUUUUCAACUUUCAUAAUGCCUACAAGUUCUAUAAUAAAUCUUUUUUUUUUUUAAGGAAAUAAAGUAAGCCUAGAUAAUCAAUAAAAGGGUUAUUCCUUCAAAUACUGGAUCUCAACUGAACUGCUAAGUAUAUUACAGUGUAGAAAUGGCUCAGACAAUGUGCAGUAUAUGUAUAGUACUGAAUGCAUUUUAGUGUUGUUGAUGGAGACCAUAGAUGAUUUGGUGUUGUCUAUAUACAGAUAAGUGGUCAUAUCUUUGGCUGUGUUUAAUAGAAGUAAUGGAAAAGAUUUUGAACAAUGGAAAGUAUGUGAUACGCUGUGCUGUAGAACUUUGUCCCUGUUAUUGAAAGUCUCUAUGAAAUAUCUAUUGUACAGUUUUUGUGCUCUUGACAUUCCCUUAAUGGACAUUAUAAGGCAAAAUGGCUUUAUUGUAAAUGCCUGCAAUGCUGUUACAUUUCAAAAAGUUGAAACAAAUGUCAUCUGCUGUAAGUGUACUUUUCUUUUGUUUGUUUCCUGAUGGAGUUGCCGCCUCUGGUCUGUUUCUCAAGCUUCAGUGCACUUCAGUGCAAUUCAGUACAAAAUAGUAAUGAGUGUUGUCAGACUUCUCUGGAAAGAGACGUAAUGUUACAUACAAAUGUACUAUGAACAUAAGUUACCAAUUUGAGGGGAUGAUUUGGUCUUGAAUGAGGGUGUAUUGUCAUAUUUGGCCACAAACAGACAGCUAUUGUUUUCAGCUAUGAUGCAGAACAGUGGAAAGUGGAAGAUCAUGUUUAUCAGAUAUGGAGUGUGGCCACAAGGGUGGCACGGCGUGGCAGCUGCCAUCCUAAAUAGAAGCUUUGCCACCCCACUUGCGACCAUUAAAAUAUCACUAUUUGUAUACUGAUGUAAUGCUAAGUUUCACAGUCUUUAGGAUUCAUUAAAGUCUCCUUUUUUGCUGUUACUCAAAUGAGACACUGGCAGAGUCUGGCACAACCACAUGUACAUAACCUUGGCAAACCUUCAGUCCUAGUAUCUGAGGACUAAAUAGUACCACAUAAUGGUAAGGCACAAACAAGAAAAUUUAAAUAUAGCAAAUCUUGAUAGUACAAUCAACUAUAAACACUCCCUUAAACCCAUUCUGAACAAUUUUGCAGAAUGGCUGAGUUAUUCAGUCCAAACUUAGUCAGUCCAUAACCCGCCACAAUGAAUGCUGGGUGUCCGACGGUGCUACAUUAUGAAUUGAUGUGUACACUUCGAUUUGCUUACUUUAAAAGCAAAUUUCUAAUAUGGACUAUAAUUCACAA